AGAAAUUGGCUGUGGAUCAGGACCCGUCAGAGACCAGACCAACCUGAUCUUGAUCCUGAUCCUGAUCCUGAUCUUGAUCCUGAUCCUGAACCCAGCUGUGUGUCCUUUAAGAGCGACCGGUCAGAUGAUCGCCUCACUGACUUCAAAGGAGAACAACCCUCUGCUGAAAAGAGAGUGGACCAGGAGAGCUCAGAGGGUUCCAGUGGUCAGCCUGCCCAGCAGCAUCAGACCCACCUGGACUCCAUCUUUAUGGGACAAAAGAUGGAGACGCCUCAAGAAGUCGUCUUAAGAAUCUUAGAAGCCUUAGGAGCUGAGCACUUUGAGAAGUUUAAUUGGCACCUGCAGCAGGAAGGAGCCCUCAACAACUUCCCAGCAAUCCCAAAGAGUAAACUGGAGAAAAAAACCCGGCUUAACACCGUGGAGAUGAUGCUCCAGACCUACAGUACAAAUAUUAUUGAUGUGACCAGAAUAGUUUUAGUGAAGAUGAAUCUAAAUGAUCUGGUGAAGAAGUUACCGCGUCAUGGAGAAGUCAACACCCCAGAAGGUGAAGAGAUUCGUGCUGAGUGUCAGCGUAAACUCAAAUCUAAGCUAGACAGGAAGUUCCAGCGUGUGUUUGAGGGGAUUCCUAAAGCAGGAAACCAAACCGUUCUGGAUCAGAUGUUCACAGAGAUCUACCUCAUGAAGGGAGGGGCUGCAGGGGUCAAUGAUCAACAUGAGGUCAGACAGAUUGAAACAGCAUCCAGGAAACCAGACACACCAGAACCAACAAUCAGACAAGAAGACAUCUUUAAAACCCCACCUGGAAGAGAUGAACCAAUCAGAGCAGUGAUGACAACGGGAGUGGCUGGCAUCGGGAAAACAGUCUUAACACAGAAGUUCACUCUGGACUGGGCUGAAGGCAAAGCCAACCAGGACAUCCAGUUCACAUUCCCCUUCACCUUCAGAGAGCUGAAUGUGCUGAAAGAGAGAAAGUUCAGCUUGGUGGAACUUGUUGAUUACUUCUUUAGUGAAACCAAAGAAGCAGGAAUCUGCAGGUUUGAAGAGGUCCUGGUUCUCUUCAUCUUUGACGGUCUGGAUGAGUGUCGACCUCCUCUGGACUUCCUCAACACUGAGAUCCUGACUGAUGUUACAGAGUCCACCUCAGUGGGUGUGCUGCUGACAAACCUCAUCAGGGGGAAUCUGCUUCCUUCUGCUCGCCUCUGGAUAACCACACGACCUGCAGCAGCCAAUCAGAUCCCUCCUGGGUGUUUUGACAUGGUGACAGAGGUCAGAGGGUUCACUGACCCCCAGAAGGAGGAGUACUUUAGGAAGAGAUUCAGAGAUGAGGAGCAAGCCAGCAGGAUCAUCUCCCACAUCAAGACAUCACGAAGCCUCCACAUCAUGUGCCACAUCCCGGUCUUCUGCUGGAUCACUGCUACAGUUCUGGAGGACGUGUUGAAGACCAGAGAUGGAGGAGAGCUGCCCAAGACCCUGACUGAGAUGUACAUCCACUUCCUGGUGGUUCAGUCCAAAGUGAAGAACAUCAAGUAUGAUGGAGGAGCUGAGACAGAUCCAACCUGGAGUCCAGAGAGCAGGAAAAUGAUCGAGUCUCUGGGAAAACUGGCUUUUGAGCUGCUGCAGAAAGGCCACCUGAUCUUCUAUGAAUCAGACCUGACAGAGUGUGGCAUCGAUAUCACAGCAGCCUCAGUGGUCUCAGGAGUGUUCACACAGAUCUUUAAAGAGGAGAGAGGACUGUACCAGGUCAAGGUGUUCAGCUUUGUCCAUCUGAGUGUUCAGGAGUUUCUGGCUGCUCUUCAUGUCCAUCUGACCUUCACCAACUCUGGAGUCAACCUGCUGGCAGAAGAACAAACAUCAUCAACACAGUUCUACCAGAGUGCUGUGGACAAGGCCUUACAGAGUCCAAAUGGACACCUGGACUUGUUUCUCCGCUUCCUCCUGGGUCUUUCUCUGCAGACCAAUCAGAAUCUCCUACGAGGUCUGCUGACACAGACAGGAAGUAGCUCAGGGACCAAUGAGGAAACAGUGAAGUACAUCAAGAAGAAGAUGGAUGAAGGUCUGUCUGCAGAGAGAAGCAUCAAUCUGUUCCACUGUCUGAAUGAACUGAAUGAUGGUUCUCUAGUGGAGCAGAUCCAACAGUCCCUGAGAUCAGGACGUCUCUCCACAGAUAAACUGUCUCCUGCUCAAUGGUCAGCUCUGGUCUUCAUCUUACUGUCAUCAGAAGAAGAUCUGGACGUGUUUGACCUGAAGAAAUACUCUGCUUCAGAGGAGGCUCUUCUGAGGCUGCUGCCAGUGGUCAAAGCCUCCAAAAAAGCUCUGCUGAGUGGCUGUAACCUGUCAGAGAGAAGCUGUGAAGCUCUGUCCUCAGUUCUCAGCUCCCAGUCCUCUAGUCUGAGAGAGCUGGACCUGAGUAACAACAACCUGCAGGAUUCAGGAGGGAAGCUGAUCUCUGAUGGACUGAAGAGUCCACACUGCACACUGGAGACUCUCAGGCUGAGUGUCUGUAACCUGUCAGAGAGAAGCUGUGAAGCUCUGUCCUCAGUUCUCAGCUCCCAGUCCUCUAGUCUGAGAGAGCUGGACCUGAGUAACAACAACCUGCAGGAUUCAGGAGGGAAGCUGAUCUCUGAUGGACUGAAGAGUCUACACUGCACACUGGAGACUCUCAGGCUGAGUGGCUGUAACCUGUCAGAGAGAAGCUGUGAAGCUCUGUCCUCAGUUCUCAGCUCCCAGUCCUCUAGUCUGAGAGAGCUGGACCUGAGUAACAACAACCUGCAGGAUUCAGGAGGGAAGCUGAUCUCUGAUGGACUGAAGAGUCCACACUGCACACUGGAGACUCUCAGUCUGUCAGGCUGUCUGAUCUCAGAGGAAGGCUGUUCUUCUCUGGUCUCAGCUCUGAGCUCCAACCCCUCCCAUCUGAGAGAGCUGGACCUGAGCUACAAUCAUCCAGGAGACUCAGGAGUGAAGCUGCUGUCAGCGGGACUGAAGGAUCCUCUCUGGAGACUGGACUCUCUCAGGGUGGAGCCUGCUGGAGUCAGAUGGUUGACACCAGGUCUGAGGAAGUAUUCCUGUGAACUCACAGUCGACACCAACACGGUGGACAGGAGACUCAAACUGUCUGACAACAACAGGAAGGUGACAUGGGUGGAGGAGGAUCAACCAUAUCCUGGUCAUCCAGAGAGGUUUGAGUCCUGGGAACAGCUGCUGUGUAGAGAUGGUCUGACUGGUCGCUGUUACUGGGAGGUCCAGACCAGAGGACGGGUUGAUAUAUCAGUGAGUUACAGAGGAAUCAGGAGGACAGGAGACAGUAGAGACUGUGUGUUUGGAUAUAAUGAUCAGUCCUGGAGUCUGAUCUGCUAUGAUGAUCGUUACUAUGUCCGUCACAAUAAGAGAUUAACCUCCGUCUCCUCCUCCUGUGUCUCUGGUAGAGUAGCAGUGUAUGUGGACUGUCCUGCUGGCUCUCUGUCCUUCUACACAGUCUCCUCUGACUCACUGAUCCACCUCCACACCUUCAACACCUCAUUCACUCAGACUCUCUAUCCUGGGUUUGGGAUCUGGUCUUAUGGCUCCUCAGUGUCUCUGUGUCCUGUGUAGGACAGAGAGUGUCCUCUUGUCUCUCACAUCUAAUCCGCUGAGUCUGGACAGGACCACCCUUCCAGGACUAUGUCAGCUUAUUGUUAUGAACCAAUGAAUGAACGUUGUAUGAAACAAUCCCUCCAGGAUGUCGUCCCAAUUCAACCAAUCACAGCGACUUUGGUGCGACCGUUGCUAAAUUAAUUUCCUUGUUUCUGAUCUGAAGACGGGAACGUGUGUGACUCGAAUAUCUCACAUUCACAAACAAAACGUACACACACACACCUCAUACACACCGGGAGCUGGUGUGUCCGUUUAAAAAAAAAAAAACUUUACCAGCAAUAUUCCUUCCACUUACAAAUAAAAAUGGACCCAGACCAAACAGUGACUUAAAUGUAGCACUUAAUUCUAAGUAGGUUAGAAGUUAUAAAACAUUUCUUCUGCUGAAAAACACAAGUAAUAAAAGUUAAAAACACUGAGUAUUGAGAAGAAGUCUCCUUGCCGCCAGUUCCCAGUGUCUGACAGUCCGUUACGUUGAUCUCAAAGGAGCGUCCGAUCCCACUGAGGGAAGCCUGGGUUCUUCUUCUCUUGCGUCUGUCCAGGUCGCGACGCCCACACGGCCGAUACUGGGGGAAAACAAAGGCAGCUACCAGUUCUUUUCCUCACCCCCCCAGAGGACAGCUGGAGGACUUUCCUUUUUUCCACUGUCCUCCGUGCCAGUCGGUCUC